AUGGAUAAAGGCUACAUAGCCGAGGAAAUCACACCUGCCGGCGAGGUCAAGUCCCAUGAAGUCCUCAACGUACCCAACUUUGAGCUCUUCAGUCCCGGGGCUCCUCCCCUUGAGCUACCGUCGUGGCUCGCAACUCAUGAAAACACUUUCCGCAGUGUGGCAAUUUCUGGUAACGAGAUUGCAAAUACCAUUCUAGCCUCUUUGGAGAAGGCUCUGCAUAUGUCUCCAGAGACUUUGACCUCGGCACACCGCCUAGAAGAUCCGUCCAAUGACUUCCUACGUUUGGUACGGCAUCCUGGAUUCGGCGCACGCGAGGACGGGGAGCGAAUUUCGUUCCACGCGCACAAAGACCUUUCCUCCUUGGGUCUCCUACUCGCCCCCUUACCAGGCUUGCAGGUCGAGCAUCCAGACGAGCCAGGAGUGUUCAAAUGGGUCAAGCCUGUGCCGGGAACAAUUGUCGUCAAUGUUGGUGAGGGCCUACAGCUGCUUACAAACAGCGUCCUGAAGGGCGUCCUUCACCGCGUCGUAAGAAUACCGGGUGAUCUUACGGCUGUGGACCGCGUUAGCGCCCUCGUGGUUGUGCGGGCAAAGGGGGACAUGCCCAUGCUGCCUCUACCUAGUCCUCUCGUUCCAUGUCUGAACGAGGAGCAAACAAAGAAACAGAUCGAGACCAGCGAUGAAUGGGCUGCCAACAAACUCAGGGCCUUGACUGCUAUCAGGGCCAAGGAGGGGAAAAUGCUACCGAGAGAGCUUGCAUUUGUCUACAAAGAAGCCGGAAUGCCUGUACCUAUUGGAGUUUGA